GCUAUCGUUAGCAUCCCAACGGGCUAGCGGUGCGCAGCUAGCUAGCUAGCAUCGAGCCUUCGGAGUGUCCAGAAAACGACGUGACAAUUGUUGAUCUCGGCCCGCGACAAAAGGCAAGAAGGUGUCAAACACAUACACAAUAAAUCUGUCGUUCCUUUCGCGUGCUAGCCGGCGUGGACGUGGUCGCUUCGUAGAGCGAACCGGAAUUAAGCGUUUUUUGCUCUGAAGUGAACUAACGUUACACAGCUAAUAAUGCUGUUGCCUGCUUCUUAAUUCCAGCUGUGCUGAUGCCUUGCUAUCCUAUUUUGUUUAUUAUUUGUCAUAUCCAGCUAGCUGUUUUAACAUUACCCUGCACCGGUAUAUGCCUUCGCUAUUUGUUCUACAACCUGAAUAUUUAUAUCAAAGUAAUGUUGUUGGGAGCGUUUCUAUGUAGUACGUUUUUGCAGGUCCUUUGCUAGCUGCCCAGCUGAAGUAGCUGUCUCCUGCCAAGCAUUUACAAGCAAACCGCUGUGUUGCAGCCAGAGCAAGUGGACCUUACAUGGCCGUCCAUACCAACACUGAACAAACGAGCAUGUGACUUGAGUACCAGGGUCUGCACCACAUGAUCUGGACUAGUGGAGGAAGCCUAAAUCAAUCAGUGGACAUCCCUUCAUCGCAGUGAUUAGCCGCGAGCAGCCAUGUCAACCAAAACGUCCCUGCUGAAAGUUAUCCUCCUGGGCGACGGCGGCGUGGGAAAGAGCUCCAUCAUGAACCGCUACGUCACUAACAAGUUCGACGCGCACCUUUUCCACACCAUCGGUGUGGAGUUCCUCAACAAGGACCUGGAGGUGGACGGCCACCAGGUCACCUUGCAAAUCUGGGACACUGCCGGCCAGGAACGCUUUCGCAGCCUGAGGACUCCUUUCUACCGAGGCUCCGACUGCUGUUUGCUCACCUUCAGCGUCGAUGACAACCAGAGCUUCCUCAACUUGGGGAACUGGAAGAAGGAGUUCAUCUACUACGCGGAUGUCAAGGAGCCGGAGAAGUUCCCUUUUGUGGUGCUGGGCAACAAACUGGAUGUGAGCGAGAGACAGGUGUCCUCCGAGGAGGCCCGGCAAUGGUGCCAGGAGAACGGCGACCAUCCGUAUUUCGAGACCAGCGCCAAGGACGCCACAAACGUAGCGGUGGCCUUCGAGGAGGCGGUCCGCAGGGUUUUGGCGACGGACGAGCGAACGGACCACUUCCUCCCCACGGACACGGUCAAGCUCCACAGAAAGCCUCGUUCUGCCGCCACCUGCUGCUCAUAACGUCUAAGUGGUUGUCCGCAAUGUUCAUAAAUAACGCUGUUUAAACAACGAGGCUGCAUUAACACCUUAUUGAAACUUAUAAAAUAUUUGAUUUGUGCUAUCAGGGUUUGCUUACAGAUGGGGUCAGUUUAAUAGGGGAAGCACUAAUUGUGUCUUACCAUAAAUAAACAUGAAAGCACUGAAUUCUUCACUCAGUUCAAAGGUCACAUUUUAAGAAUGAUUUAAGUGCAUUUCAUAUGAGCUUUGUGUGGGUACCUAAAAACAUGCCAAUCUGUAGAUGAGUGCAAUUAUGUGAUGAUCAUGUUAAUAUUUAUCAAUUUGCAUUUUCCUAUUGUUUAGGCAUACUAACAAAUCAAUUGCUUUUUGACACCGUUUGCACAUGUUUUAGCCCAGAUGCUCCCUAAUUGAGAUAAACAAAACUGGAAACUUGUUUCACUUUAUUUAAUCACGCAUACCAGAAAUGAAGAGAGGAGGGAAUUAGUGGUGACAUUUUGGCGAUUGACAAAACACCAGGGGUUUGGUUUGGUUGGUUUUGGGGGGGUUGUCUUAAACAUCGAGUCUGAUGUUAACAUUUUUUACUUUACAGUUGAAGGUCUUUUGUUUUUCAAAAUGAAAUGAAAUACUCAUUUGCAUCUCCUGUUUGAUAUUCAUAUGCCAACCAACCAAUAAAGUGUCGAGGACUCUG